UUAAACCCCUAGCAAGCACAGCAUAUAAUAUAAGAGGAAGAAAGUCACACGCACUCUUUCAAGUCUCAAGUGUCAAGGCCAAAGGAAGGGUUUUGAGAAAGUUUGUGGUUUGUCUAGGAAUUAGAAUUUAGAAGAAAGGGGUUUUCAAUGGCUCCAGUGCUGAGUAGAAGCCUAGCUACUGCUUCUCUAGCUUCACUUCCCUCAGCCUCCUCAUUUUUACUGAGAAACAGCAACAGGGUUUUAAAUCUCACAACUGCCUUUGUGCCACAAAAUGGUCUCAGAAAGCGCUUUUCUUCUUCUUCUGGGUUGAAGUGGAAGUAUGAGAGAAGAAACCACCGGUUUGCGCUGCGGUGCGAGGCUGCCGCUGUGGCCGAGAAAGAGGCCGCCGACGACACUUCUGGUGAGAAAUUUGAGUAUCAAGCUGAGGUCAGUCGCCUCCUAGAUUUGAUAGUUCAUAGUCUAUAUAGCCACAAAGAGGUGUUCCUUCGAGAGCUUGUGAGUAAUGCAAGUGAUGCUUUAGACAAGUUAAGAUUCUUAAGCGUGACUGAACCCUCGCUGCUUGGAGAUGCUGGUGAUCUAGAGAUACGUAUCAAACCUGAUCAAGACAAUGGGACCAUCACUAUAACAGAUACUGGUAUUGGAAUGACCAAAGAAGAGCUCAUUGACUGUCUUGGAACUAUUGCUCAGAGUGGUACUUCAAAGUUCUUAAAGGCUCUGAAGGAAAAUAAGGACCUUGGAGCAGACAAUGGUCUGAUUGGUCAAUUUGGUGUGGGGUUCUAUUCUGCCUUUCUUGUUGCUGAGAAGGUUGUCGUAUCUACAAAGAGCCCUAGAUCAGAUAAGCAAUAUAUUUGGGAAUCUGUUGCUGACAGUAGCUCGUAUAUGAUUAAGGAAGAAACUGACCCUGAAAAGUUCCUACGUCGUGGAACACAGAUCACACUCUAUUUAAGGGGAGAUGACAAGUAUGAAUUCUCAGACCCAGCUAGGAUUCAGGGUUUGGUAAAGAAUUACUCUCAGUUUGUUUCCUUCCCAAUUUAUACAUGGCAAGAAAAAUCAAGGACUGUUGAGGUGGAAGAGGAGGAAAAAUCAGAAGAAGGAGAAGAAUUGAAGCCAGAGGGUGAAAAGAAAAUGAAGAAGACUACGAAAACUGAGAAGUAUUGGGACUGGGAAUUAGCCAAUGAGACAAAGCCAAUUUGGAUGCGGAAUCCAAAGGAAAUCCAGAAGGAUGAGUACUAUGAAUUCUACAAGAAGACUUUCAAUGAAUUCUUGGAUCCGGUUGCAUACACUCACUUCACCACUGAGGGUGAGGUUGAGUUUAGAAGUGUCCUCUAUAUUCCUGGGAUGGGCCCUCUUAACAAUGAGGAUGUGGUUAAUCCAAAAACAAAGAACAUACGUUUGUAUGUGAAGCGUGUAUUCAUCUCAGAUGACUUUGAUGGUGAGCUGUUCCCGCGCUACUUGAGCUUUGUGAAGGGUGUGGUGGAUUCAGAUGACCUUCCUCUUAAUGUUUCUCGAGAAAUACUUCAAGAAAGCCGAAUUGUAAGAAUAAUGAGGAAGAGACUUGUCAGGAAAACAUUUGACAUGAUUCAAGAUAUCUCUGAAAGUGAAAAUAAAGAGGAUUACAAGAAAUUUUGGGAGAACUUCGGCAGGUUAAUAAAAUUAGGAUGCAUUGAGGACUCUGGAAAUCACAAGCGCAUAACUCCAUUGUUGCGGUUCUACACUUCAAAAAGUGAGGAGGAGCUGAAAAGCUUAGAUGAUUAUGUUGAAAACAUGAGUGAAAACCAAAAGGCUAUCUAUUAUUUGGCAACAGACAGCUUGAAAAGUGCCAAGACCGCUCCUUUCUUGGAGAAGUUGUUGCAAAAGGACAUUGAGGUUCUGUACUUAAUUGAACCUAUAGAUGAAGUCGCCAUCCAGAACCUGCAGACUUACAAAGAAAAGAAAUUUGUUGAUAUUAGCAAGGAAGAUUUAGAGCUUGGUGAUGAGGAUGAGGUGAAAGAAAGGGAAACAAAACAAGAAUACAAUCUUCUCUGUGAUUGGAUAAAGCAACAACUUGGUGAUAAGAUAGCAAAAGUCCAAGUCUCAAAGCGUCUAAGCUCAUCUCCCUGUGUGCUGGUUUCUGGCAAGUUUGGUUGGUCUGCUAAUAUGGAAAGAUUGAUGAAGGCGCAGGCUCUUGGAGAUACUUCAAGCUUGGAGUUCAUGAGGGGAAGGAGAAUAUUGGAGAUUAAUCCAGAUCAUCCCAUUGUCAAAGACCUCAAUGCUGCAUGCAAGAAUGAACCUGACAGCACUGAUGCCAAGAGAGCUGUUGAACUCUUGUAUGAUACAGCACUGAUCUCCAGUGGAUUCUCACCUGACAGUCCGGCUGAGUUGGGAAAUAAGAUCUAUGAGAUGAUGGAAAUGGCCCUUGGAGGAAGAUGGGGCAGAUCAGAAGAAGAAGAGGCAGAGGCAGAGGCAGAGGCAGACACACCAGAAGAUGGUGCUGAAGAAUCUGCUGCAGCAGUUGUUGAAGCCCCAGAGACGCAAGUGGUUGAACCAUCUGAAGUAAGGGCAGAGAGUGAUCCUUGGAGUGAUUAGAUUAAAUGUCUUUUGGAAGACAGAAGUUUUGGCAUUAUUUCAUUAUUGUUAAAGGAAAUAAUGCACAUGGAGGGGAAAAGAAAAUAAGAAGAGAAAGGAAAAGAAAAGAUAACUUGGGAGAAAAAGGGGGGGUGGGGAAGAGAGUAUGAUGAUUGAUUGUGGCUGGGAAGAGAAAAAUAGUAAGUUUUGCUGCGAUUGAUCAUUGGUGUUAAUUUGACAAAUGAAUUCCUCUAAUGUGGUUCUGGAAAGAGAUAAAGAAGGUCCACUAUUUUUAUCA